AUGGACAUCAUCAGUCAACUUUCGGAUGAUGUGCUCUUGCGAAUAUUGUCAUUUGUUCCGACAAAAGAUGUUGUGGCCACAAGUCUUUUGUCCAAAAAAUGGAGGUCGCUUUGGAAGUUAGUGCCGAAACUUGUAUACGAUAAUAGCAACCACAUUGGUGAGAAUAGGAUAUUCUCGCAGUUUGUUUACAGGUCUUUGCUAUCAAAUAAGGCACCCGUUCUAGAUUGUUUCCAUUUCCAUCUUAAUCUUGUCAGCGACUGCGCCAGUGUUGAUAUUGGAUUAUGGAUGGAAAUUGCGGUUACUCGCCAUGUUCGUGACCUGAAAUUUUCUAUUUAUUCUUCCAAGGAUGCAAGGUCCGUUAGUUUGCCGAGUAGCCUUUAUACCUCUAAUACACUAGAGACCUUGAGACUCUGCGAUUUCGUUCUUCUGAAUGUUCCUGUUAAUGUUUAUCUCCCGUCUCUCAAAAGUCUAAGACUUGAGCUUGUGGAUUACUUAGACGACCCGACUCUACCUCGUCUAUUAUCCGGCUGUCCAAAUCUUGAGGAGUUGGUUGUGGGACGACAUGGCCUAGAUAAAACGAUGGAUGCCACUGUCCUGCUGCCUUCCUUACGAAGAUUAACUUUGUCCGACAAAAUUACAACUUCUGGAACAGGUUGUCGGUAUGUGAUAGAUGUCCCUUCUUUGAAGUACCUUAACAUUACAGAAAACGUAGUUUAUAACUCCCGUCAAAUUGAGGAUAUGCCUGAGUUGGUCGAAGCGCAUGUUGACAUUACUCAUGGAGUUACUCAGAAGUUUCUGAGAGCUCUCACUUCUGCCCGACGCCUUUCUCUAUCAUUAUCACUUUCAGAGGUUAUCCAUCCUUCUGGUAUGGUCUUCAACCAGCUUGUUCAUCUGGACUUGUAUACAGUUUCUGAAGGUUGGUGGGAUCUUCUUACUCAUAUGGUUCAAGAUUCCCCAAAACUACAGACUCUCAAACUCAUCGAUAAACAUUCUUCUGGCGAAGAAACUCCAAAUGGUUGGAAGCCACCGAGGUCUGUUCCCGAGUGUUUGUUGUGUACUCUUGAAGCUUUUGUGUGGAAUGGGUACCAAGGGAGACAAGGAGAUAGAGACAUGGCUACAUAUGUUUUACAGAAUGCUGUUUGUUUGAAGACUGCCAGUUUCUCUCCAAAAUCUACUGACGUGGGAGACAAGUAUCAGAUGCUCAAGGAGUUGGCAUCUGUACCUACAGCAUCAACUUCGUCUCAGCUUCUAUUCGACUGA